AUGUUCAAGAAUUCUAAAAGUGCGACAGAUAUUUUUGUGAAACUUCUAAAUCCAAUUACCGAUCAUAUCGUUGAUCAAAGUAAUUUAUAUGCGACACAAAAUAACAAAACACUAAAAUUAUCUGCAAAUGAAUUAAUGGGCUUUAUUGGGAUUAACUUUUGCAUGGGUUAUCAUAAAUUAUCGUCUUAUAGACACUAUUGGAGUACAGCAAAAGACCUACAUUUACAAGUUAUUUCCGAAGUUAUGAACAGAGAUAGAUUUAGCGAAAUUUUAUCAAAUAUUCAUGUAAAUGAUAAUACCGCGAUUCCAGUAAAUAAUAAAGAUAAACUUUACAAGUUACGUCCAAUGAUAGAUUCGUUAAAUAAAACAUUUUCUGAAGCAUAUAAUGGAACUCGCGAGCUUAGCGUGGACGAGUCAAUGAUUAAGUUCAAAGGACGCAGCAGUCUAAAACAAUACAAUCCUAUGAAACCUAUAAAGCGUGGGUAUAAGUUAUGGUGUAUUGCCGAUCAAAAAGGAUACAUAUUAAAUUUUUCAAUUUACCAAGGCAAAAAUGAGGCCCUAGAACGAGAAUUCGAAGAUUUCAAUCUGGGAGAAAGAAUAGUGCUAAAACUAACCAAGCCAUAUUGGAAACAGUCCCGAGUUAUAUUUUUCGAUAAUUACUUUACUUCUAUAAUAUUACUGGAAAGAUUGAAGACAGAACAGAAAUUGGCAUGUGGCACCAUAAGAUCUAAUCGGAAAGAAAUGCCACUUAAUUUGAUGAAAGAGUCUGCAAUUGCACGUGGCGAUUACGACUAUCGUUUUUCUACAUUUGGUAUUGGUGUAUUCAAGUGGCGUGAUAAUAAAACUGUGCAUUUUGCAUCUAACUAUCAUGGAAACGAAAUUACAAGUGUUCUAAGAACGAUGAAGGAUGGUUCAAAAUUAACAAUAAAAUGUCCUUCGGUGGUAAAAGACUACAAUAAUUUUAUGGGAGGUGUCGAUUUAGCUGAUAGAUAUAGAUUAUUGUACAAUGUUGAUCGAAAAUCAAAUAAAUUAUGGUUAAGAAUAUUCUGGGGACUCCUGGACAUUACAUUUGUGAAUGCCUACGUCAUUUACUGUGAGAUGUUUGGUGACACGAAUGUUUUGGAUGUACGUCGAUCCAUCGCACAUGGUCUUAUGGCAUCACGGGUGGUAUACGGUGCCAAUAGAUGGAGGUGUGAACUGUGCAGUACACGUGGAAUUGAGUCGAGACCAAAAUCAAAGUGUUCACAUUGUUGA